UGUCCUGUAGGCUGCGAUCUAAUUGGUCAGCUUUCAUCUUUUCUCAACUCAUUUUCGAUACUAAUUGUCUAUUCGUUAAUAUGUACACGUAAGCAAUCGAAACUGUAAAGAAAACACAUAGUGUGAGACCCCUCUUACUGCUGUGCUGUCCCGGGAGUUGUCUUGCGAACAACCUACAGUGUCUAUUAACGUUUGAAAUGUAUUUACAUGUGAUGUACUGAUUGUUUUGUAAUUUUGAAAGAAGUACUUAAAUCAUUUGAUGCAUACAGCAUAUACCAAAUAACACAAUGAGUUUUUUUAUACCGAUACAGCUACUUUUCUUCUGUCUAACGGUGAAUAUUGUAACUUCAGAAUUUUCAGCAGAUGAUUGUAAAAGUUUAGGCUUCAAUAAAGCUAAUUUACUUUGUUCUACAUGUGAAGAAUUUAAUAAACAUGGAUUAUCAGAAAUAAGGGAUAAGUGCAAGGAAUGUUGUUUGAAAGAUGAUGACUAUGAUGCGUCUGGAUCAAAACGUUAUCCACACGCUAUUCUUGAAGUGUGCACAUGUAAAUUUGGAGCCUAUCCUCAAAUUCAGGCUUUCAUUAAAAGUGAUAGACCAAGUAAAUAUAAGAAUUUACAAAUAAAAUAUGUUAGAGGUUUAGAUCCAAUAAUUAAAUUAUUGGACAAUGACAAUAAAGUUGAAGAUAUCUUGGACAUUCAUAAAUGGGAUACAGAUUCAGUUGAUGAAUUUCUAGCUACUCACCUUUCUAUGGAUUAAUGUUAUUUAUGGUAAUCAUAUAUAUGUCUGUAUUUAAUCAAAUUCUGUACUUUAAAUGUAAAUAAUUAUGUUUUCUAUGUGA